AAGACCAAGGUUCCAUCAAAAAAAAAAAAAAGACCAAGGUUGGUUGGCCCUAUAUAUUCUCCGUAUCAUUUUCAUUGUAAUAAAACAAAAAGAACAACACUCUCACUCUCACUCUCUGAAGAAGAUGAACGAGCGUGUCAGAGAGAGAGAAAGGAUCAGGGACGAAGUCCGCGCCGGCAAACGCCCCAUGGGGCCGCCGGUACCUGUUCCCCCGAAGCCUAUGCCGAGACUCAUGCCGGAUCCGAACAAAGAUCACCAACCGGAAUCGUACGAGGACUUGCAACUGGGUUACCACUCUUCGCUUUUCAGCGCGUUGGAGAGGCAUCUGCGACCAGAAAUGCUCACCGCAACUCGCGACGUCAAGGCCAACUUCAUGCGCGACAUUUUGAAAGACUACUGGUCGCCUCAGAGGCUGGAAAGAGACCGAUGGUAUAAAACAUACAGAGAGCGUAUUAUCAGAAAUUAUCAGCCUCUGCAUGAAGAAUUGUACACUCUUAAUCCUAAAGCAUUCUUUGUCCCAGAGUUUCUGGAAGCUAUUAAUGUUAAUACUGAACAAAGCUUUAGAAGUAUAAUGUCUCGGCCCGCCCCAGGCAUUUUUACAUUUAAAAUGCUUCAGCCACACUUUUGUGAGUUGUUGUUAUCAGAGGUUGAAAAUUUUAAGAAGUGGGUUCAUGAGGCAAAAUUUCGGAUUAAGCGUCCCAAUAUAAUGAAUAAGUAUGGUGCUAUACUUGACGACUUUGGCCUUGAAACCAUGCUUCACAGGCUUAUGGAAGAUUUUAUUUCUCCUUUAUCGAAAGUUUUCUUUUCAGGAAUUGGUGGAUCAAACUUGGAUUCUCAUCAUGGGUUUAUCGUUGAAUAUGGUAUAAAUAGAGAUGUUGACAUAGAUCUCCAUGUGGAUGACUCAGAAGUUACCUUGAAUGUUUGCCUCAGCAAGGAAUUUUUGGGAGGGGAAUUGUUUUUUCGGGGCAUGCGAUGUGAUAAGCAUUUAACAACAGCAACUUAUUCAGAUGAAAUCUAUGACUAUCCCCAUGUCACUGGACAAGCUGUGCUUCAUCAUGGUCGUAUUCGCCAUGGUGCUAAAGCCACAACUUCAGGUCGCCGGGUCAACCUUCUUUUAUGGUGCAGAAGUUCUCGUUUCAGAGUGGAGAAAAUGCUCAGAAAAGAUUGCUCUAGCUGGUGUGGUGUGUGCAAUCAAGAGAAGGAAGACUCGAAGCGCAGCUUGGAAAGGCAAUUGGAGGCACUGUUAAGGAAGGGAGGUGAAACAACUCCAUGAUCUGCUCUGUACAGUUUGAUCAAUGGAGGUGGAUUGUUGUAAAAUAGCUGUAAUAGUUCAAAGUCCAAACACUGAAUAAUGGUUCCUUUUUUUGGGGUGUUUGUAAUUACUAAUUAAGCUUAGAUUUCCGGUAUUUCAGACUGUAUCCUUUUUGAGGUGAUAUGGUGUAAUUUUGUAUUAUUGGGGUUGGGUGUAACAAAUUAACAAUGGGGUAAGACUUAAAUGCCAAAUAUGUCUGGAUUUAAAUUUAAAUGCACCCGUUUUUGAGCAAAUUUCA